AUGCUGACGGAAUCUCGUCUCCCGUCCAUCAUGCGUACCGCCUUGGCGAUUCGGGCGUACGCUGUCCUCGAGAUUGAGGAAGGUGUCAACAAGAUGCGGCACAGCCGCUACGUCGGAGAUGUGGUGAAAACCACAGCGCAGACGGUGCGCAAGUGGGUAAAGGAGUUCUGCCAAGACGGAAAAUUUCUCAUCAGCAAACGACUUUACGAGAUACGCCAGGCGGACUCCUUCAUUGACCCUGAGGACAUCGCCGAGCGUUGCCGGGAGGAAAUCGACCGGCGGCUUUACCGCCGGAAGAAAACGGAUCCGUGGUUUCGUGUCUCGGACUUUCAGAGGUGGGUGAACACUGUUCUUCUGAAAGAAGUGUUUUCCGGCGGAGGAGGCAUCUCUCGGACAACGGCGCACAGCUGGAUCUGCAGACUCGGCUUCAGGUGGAAGAAGAGCGGGAAGUGCGUCUACGUCGAUGGCCACAACCGCCCCGAUGUCGAGGCCCGGCCGGAGUACGUGGCGAAGAUGCUCAUCCUGCGAAAGAUGAUGUCCAUGUGA